GCGGAGAAGAACCUCUGGGGAAAAAGUCAAAUUCUGGGCAAGAGCGACACUCCGCGAUGCCCCGCACGUGCGACUUUGGGGCUGGAGACUGGUGGCGUUUGACGGCAGUCAUCUCAGCUCCCUCCACAGCCUGAAGCCUCCUUUCUCGAGCGACUUUCCGCGACAAACUUCACUGUAGCAGAGUGCCUUUGAUGUCAAAUCUACAAAACAUACUCAUCGGGGAGACCGAAGUAUCCAGAUCUGCCAAUGACGACGACCCGAUCGAUCGUUCGAGCCAGAAGCGUCCUGCUCCACGCGGCACAGCCUCAUAUCCUCGGAAGAGAGCUGUGACUGCUUGUCAAGUCUGUCGGGCGCGGAGGACAAAAUGCGACAACCUCAAACCCGCAUGUUCAUUCUGCCUAAAAGUCGGCGCCACAUGCAUUCAAUCGUCUGUAGAUCUUUCGAGUUUUGAUCCAGCUAGCCUCAAGAUUCUGGAGAGGCUAGACGAGUUGGAACAGCUCAUACGAUCAGGUCAUGGUUCGCAUCAGACUGUCACGCCAGCUGCUCCGGAAAGGGAUGAUCCAGCGACCUUCACACUGAGAGAACAUGACCUUCUGCCGUGCUCGCCUGAGGAGCUGCUAGCCAGGCCAGAGUUCGCAUCCGUGACCACCUUUGGUCAAAGCCCCUCGCUCUACCAGCAUCAUACGCCGCAAUUGCCAGUGGCAUCUCCUGGAUGGGAGGAUGACCUCACUGCGGCUUCGACUACCACUCUGUUGGACAACUUCUUCAAUAACGUCCAUGUCAAGAAUCCUGUGCUGGAUGAAUCCCAGACAAGACGUAUGGUCUUGCGACUUGCCUUGCAUGGCUUCGACCAGUCGCCUCAGUCUUGUCUGACUCUACUUGUAUGUGCACUUGGUUCAGUCUCAUCAACCUUCGGAGUGGAUUCUAGUUACUCAAGAACCUCGCCUGAGUUUAUGACUGCCAUGUCGUAUUUCCAAGCCGCAAACAAAAGACUUGGGCCGCUCAUGGUCGACGGUGGGUUAAUCGCUGCACAAUGUCUAUUCCUUUCAGGUGUUCUUAUGGCAACUACUUUUCGAGCGUCCUCAGCAUGGCGGUACUUUCUGCAGGCCCUCGCAUGUUGUCAAGACUUCAAGAUUGUGAAGUGGCCAGAUACUGUUGCGGCUGAUGUGGAUGAAUCACAGACUAUUGCAGCUGAACAAGCUGUGUACUGGUCCGCAUGGAAGUCGGAGCGCGAGAUGCGAGGAGACAUGAAGCCCUUCGACUUCACCAUACGAAACAACUUAUCGUACCCCUCUUUCUUCCCGACACCGCCUGCCUUGUCGGCAGAUGCAGCGAACUCCGAGGAUCCCGUGGCAAGUCGUCAGCGAAUUAGCUGGUACUUUUAUUUAUCCGAGAUCUCAUUGAAGCGCCUGGCUUCGAGGAUCCAGCAAGAGAUUAUAGAAACGGAGGUGAAAUCUGGGCAAAAGACUCUAGAAGCGCUCGCUGAACUCGAGGUCGGAUGGCUACGGGAGGCAGAAAUAUGGCUCGAAAACUUGCCUUCUGAACUCUCUCUCCAAUCUACCCCUGAAAGUGACGACGUUUGCAAAUUCGUCCUCCGCGGUCAUCUACUCAACAUCUAUGAGCUUAUCUACUGGCCUUUCGUGAUGGCUGGGCUCAAUGCUUCUGAACGAAAAUUACAAGUUACGCCUGUGACUCUGGAUCUUGCUAACAAAGGUCUAAGGAUGCACCUCGAGCGACUAGUGGUGAACCAACCUGGCUUCUAUCAUCGCCACCAUGGCACCAUGGGUAUGGUCAGGACAUGUAGUAGAAGUGCAAUGGUCCUGACCCUUGCGAUGAGGAACAUGCAGAGUCAAUCGAGCAUUAGCCUGACACUUCCGGAUGGGUGGCGGUACCACGUACGACAGACUGCUGCUCUGAAUCGAUUCUGGCAGAAUGACGACCCAAUAUUCAUGGAAUGGGGCAACGUCUUAGAAGCUUCGUGUCUCGCCGAGUCUGAGCCAUGAGUUUUACCAGUGGCUUUGGCGUUUGGGUACGGUUUUGCCCAGCCGAUAAUCUCAUCGGCAAUUCAUUCCCGGUCUACUGUCCCUUGGAGCGAUAUUCCGCGAAGACCAGAAUCCGGGGUACGAGGGAAUAUCGCGGAGUGUCGCUUGAGCGAAGACGCAGCCCUCGGCUCC